AACUGUCAAAAUAGGCUUGCUUUGUACAGGUUAAAUUUGAUCUUCAUAAGCAUUUUCUUUAAAAUUAAAAUCAAUUUUAUUUAAUUUUCUCCUAAUUUUUCCUAUAAUGUCGUGGCUAUUCGGAUACGGUAGAGGUGGCCAACAAAAUGCUGACCCUAAUCAACCCGGAGUGCCUGAACCACCACCAAGUGGAGGAACCGGUAUACCUGGUGAUAUUAAUCUAACUAAAAGCGAGAAAAAGGCAAUGGAAGCAUAUAGAUUUGAUUCUUCAGCUCUAGAAAGAGCAGCACAAGCCGCCAGGGAAUUAGAAAAGUCGAGGCAUGCAAAAGAAGCUUUGGAACUUUCAAAAUUACAAGAAACUACAAAGCAAGUAGAAUACCAGUCAAAAAUUAAGGAGUAUGAAGCACACGUUCAGCAGUUACAAAUUGAGGCAAAAAAGGCUGAAGCAGAAGAAAGGCGGAAAUAUUUGCAAGAAGAAACUAAGCAACAUCAAGCUAGGGCACAAUAUCAGGAUCAGCUGUCAAGAAAACGAUAUGAUGAUCAACUCCAACAGCAGCAAAGGAUGAAUGAAGAAAACUUGAGAAGACAGGAAGAGUCUGUAGCAAAACAGGAAGCUAUGCGCAAAGCAACUAUUGAACAUGAAAUGGAAUUACGUAAUAAAAAUGAAAUGAAGAGAAUAGAGGCAGAAUUGAGAGCUAAAGCUAAAGUGGAUCGCGAAAAUAGGGACCUCAUUUUAGAGCAAAUUAGGCUUAAAGCUGAAGAAAAUAGAAUUACAGUUUUGGAAGGAAUAAAGACUGCAGGAAGUGUAAUAGGAUCAGGAGUUACAGCUUUGUUGACAGACUGGGAUAAAGUUCUUGCUGCAGCAGGAGGGAUGUCUUUAUUGGCUUUGGGGGUUUAUACUGCUAAAGGGGCCACUUCUGUGACUGCUCGAUAUAUUGAAGCCAGACUUGGAAAACCUUCUCUUGUAAGAGACACUUCAAGGUUUUCAUUUUUGGAAUCUCUUAAGCAUCCAAUCGAGCAAUUAAAAAAACUGAGAAGCAAAACUGGUGAUGCUCUUUCAGGAGUUGUAUUGGCUCCAAGAUUAGAAGAACGACUGAGAGAUGUAGCCAUUGCAACCAAAAAUACAAAACUUAAUAGGGGAAUGUACAGAAACAUUUUAAUGUAUGGACCACCAGGAACUGGUAAAACGAUGUUUGCCAAAAGAUUAGCAAAAUACUCUGGGAUGGACUAUGCAAUAUUAACUGGGGGAGAUGUUGCUCCAAUGGGACGGGAGGGUGUCACCGCCAUCCACAAAGUCUUUGAUUGGGCAAAUGGUACACGAAAAGGUUUAUUGCUAUUUGUGGACGAAGCUGACGCAUUUUUGCGGAAGAGAUCGUCCGAACAUAUAUCUGAGAAUUUAAGAGCCACUCUCAAUGCGUUCUUGUACCGUACAGGGGAACAGAGUAGUAAAUUUAUGUUGGUCUUGGCUUCCAAUACUCCUGAACAGUUCGAUUGGGCUGUUAAUGACAGAUUGGACGAAAUGGUAGAAUUUGAACUGCCACAACUCGACGAAAGAGAACGACUGAUGCGUCUCUACUUCGACAAGUUCGUGCUAGAACCGGCUGCAGAAGGGAAAAGAAGAUUAAAAGUUGACAAAUUUGACUAUGGAGCCUUAUGCAGUAAAAUGGCAGUAAUCACUGAAGGGAUGUCUGGAAGAGAAAUUGCAAAAUUGGGGGUUGCUUGGCAAGCGGCUGCAUAUGCCUCAGAAGAUGGUGUUUUAACUGAAAAGAUGGUCUUAGACAGAUGUAUGGACGCCAUAAAACAACAUCAACAGAAGGUCAAGUGGCAAUCAGAACAGGAAGGAAUAAAGAGUGGCUACAUACGAGAAAAAAGCAGCAGCAACAUCGCGUUCAUCCCUAAAGCUAUCGAAUAUAAUACAUCAGCACAAAGCAAAUCAAGUGCAAGUCAAACUGAAUCUCAUGACUCAGUCAGUUCUAGCAGUUCUGGUGUUAGUGAACCUAGUACUGAAAAAAAUUCGAAAGAAAAGACAGAACAGUUAACGAAACAGUAGAUUAUUUUAUUAACAGAAUAAAGGCUACAAUUAAUUUAGUCAAAUGUGUUCAGAGGUGAUGACUUUGUGCUGUAACUGUUGACCUUUUAACAGCACAGAG